AUGAAAAACCAAACUUUAACUGAAUUCAUCUUGUUGGGACUAACAGAUAGCCCAGAACUUCAAAUUAUCAUUUUUGUUUUUCUCUUCCUCACAUACUUGUUAAGCAUUUUAGGUAAUCUGACCAUUAUUAUCCUCACCCUACUGGAUUCCCAUCUCCAGACUCCUAUGUAUUUUUUCCUUCAAAAUUUCUCCUUCCUGGAAAUUUCUUUUACAUCCACUUUUACUCCUAGGCUGCUGUUCAGCAUCUUAACUGGGACUAAGACUAUCAGCUUUGCUGGAUGCUUCACUCAAUAUUUCUUUGCCAUCUUCUUUGGGGCCACAGAGUUUUACCUUCUGACUGCCAUGUCCUAUGACCGUUAUGUGGCCAUCUGCAAACCCCUGCAUUACACCACCAUCAUGAACAACAAGGUCUGUAUACAGCUGGUACUCUGGUCUUGGGUAUGUGGAUUCCUAAUCAUCUUGCUCCCAAUCAUCCCAACCAGUCAACUAAAGUUCUGUGCUUCCAAUGUACUAAAUCAUUAUUAUUGUGACUAUGGACCCCUAAUGGAAAUAUCUUGUUCAGAUACUAGUCUACUGGAACUGGUUGACUUUAUCUUAGCAGUUGUGACCUUAGUGGUCACCCUAGAGCUGGUGAUUCUCUCCUAUGCAAAUAUCAUUAGAACCAUUCUGAAAAUUCCUUCAGCUCAAAAAAGGAAAAAGGUUUUUUCCACAUGUUCUUCUCACAUGAUUGUCAUCUCCCUCUCUUAUGGAAGCUGCAUCUUCAUGUACAUAAAGCCUUCAGCUAAAGAAGGAGUUGCCUUCAAUAAAGGAGUAGCUAUGCUCAAUACCUCACUUGCCCCUUUACUGAACCCAUUCAUUUACACUCUGAGGAACAAACAAGUAAAACAAGCCUUCAAGGAUAUGACUAGGAAAAUAUUGCAUCUUUAUUCAUUUUAG